AUGUUAUCAUUUGACCCAGACGCUAUACCCUCCCACGACGCCCUUGGACUCGAUAUUCCCGAGAACGACCCUCUCACACCAGAGGCAUUCCAUAAUGAAAAGUGUCCGGCUACCUCACAAUGGAGCUUUAUUAGUCUCGAAAAUUCAAAACUGCCAGAAGUUUCUCCGUCGUCGGAUGAGAAUUCAAAAGUGACGCAGCCUAUAGAUAGCAAAAAUAAUCCUAUAAUAACAGAUCUUCGAACGUCGAUUCCAGGCGAACGUGCCUCUGCGACGAGUGAAACCACAGAAAACCUUCCCUUCGUAAUUAAAGAAAAAGAACAUCUCAAAUCCUCAAAGCCUAAGGCUACUCCCGGCUUCGAAAAUCACAAUCAGAGAAGAGGUCUCACUUCACCAGAAUUCAAGUUUCUAGAAGUACAAGAUAUCAAAAGGGAAGCCCUUCAAAAAUACAAGCGAAUCAAUAACUAG